AUGAAAUAAUUGUCUCAGACUUCUCAAUCAUACAAAGCCAAACAAAAAAGUGAACCCUCACUCCUGCCUAACAUAGAUAUUCUUAAAGAGAACGUCAAAUCAAGUUUUGCACUUGGACAUCUCAGAGGUCUCUUGACUUAUAAGUAGGGUCGAGAAUUACCAAAAACUGAAAUACAAGUGAGAAGAGAUCAAACUUUUGGUAAAGCCAACAAAAAAUCAAAAAAUAAAAGACUUACCUUUCUAAAAUUUGGAUUUAGAACUCAUGAAAAGAAGAAUAAUUACUAUCUUUAACCUCUGAUUUAAAAAGUAAAGGAUGCUUUUGGUGAAGUUGCCAAUGAUGGUUCAAUGGGAGUUGUAGAUCUAUGGAGUGAUCGAAAUGUGAAUAGAUUGAUGGAUGCAAUCUAGAUGACAAGGGAUAACUUAAUUGUAAGAAAAUUGGGUAAAGAACUCAAUGAGGAAGAACAUUUUUUACUGACAAGAAUGGAAGAAAAAAAAAUGAGAGACAGGAUUUUUAUGGAAUCCUUGAAACUGCAAUUUUAGGAGACUGACACAUUCUCGCUUAAGUUUUAGUUAUCAGACAAAGACAAAAAGAUUGUGUAAAGAGUUGCACAACCAACAAUUUCAAGCAAUCUUAGAUACAACAAUCCCAAUGAAAACAUUCAAACAAUAGUGGAAAGCAUCGAUCAAUUACAUCAGGAAAAUCUAGAAAUCUACACAGAUCUGUAUAAAUAGAUUAAAUCCAUUCAGAAACAUAUUAAGUGA